AUGGCACGACCUGAUUGUCUUCCUAAAUUUCUAGAACAAACAGUGGCAAUGAAAGAUAUUCUGCUACUCAAAAGUAAAUUAGCCUACGAUCAACGAAAUAAAUUAAUUGGUAAUAAAUUACGCUCAACUGAUCGUGAUUGCUUGCGAGCUGAAAACUCGAAUUUAUCUGGUAAAAAGCGAUGGUUACAUAGAGCUAUCUUAACCUUAAAAUAUAAAGGAAUUAAUAUUGAGGAUUACCUACAAGAAAUUGAAGUAUUACCAGAUGAUUCUGAGUCCCCAACAUGCUCUGAUGACUUUCCAUUUCGACUGGAUUUAUCAUAUGAUCAUUUGCUGGGGGUGGCUCAACGAUUUAGUUUGAAAGGCACUCCAGAAAUGCAAAUUUUUUCACUUUAUAGAUUAAAAAAUGAAUCACUUGAUACAUGGGGUUAUCGCAUUCACGAAGGUUUAAAACAGAAUUCAUCAUCGUGGGUUUUACUUAAUUUGGCUGCCUUUUAUUGGAGAAUGAUUGGUAACGCAGGCAAUGAAAUCGAAUGCUUGCGUCGGUCUCUUUUCUAUACCCCCGUAAAGUAUUAUGAUGUUCCCCUAGCUGCACUUGGAACUGUAUUACAUAAGCACGGCUACAUUCAGGAUGCUUCGAUGUUAUUCGAGAAAGCUAUCCAUUUCGCCCAUAAUACAUCACUACUGCAUUUCAUGCUGGCAAAUGCUAAAGCGGCUAAUGAAGAGUAUCAAGAAGCCACUAUUCAUUAUACUAAUGCUAUUAAAUUACAACCUGAGUUUGAAGCCGCUAAAAAACUUUUAAGCGCCGCCAAAUGUGAAAUGAAUAUCAUUAAGUUAUUAUAUGCUAUGAGCUCCAAUUCCACAAAUCCAUUCAAGCAAAUGAACACUCGUGAAGCAUUAAAAGAAAUUAGAUCUAGGGAAGCCAAUGUGAUACAGAAUACCAUGCAUGAUUCUAUACAAGACGUCAAUCAGAAGCGCUUUAAUGGUUACAAAAAGUAUAUUAAGUAUGGUAGAAAGUGUAUGGCAAAUGGUGAGGAAUUGUUUAUUUGUAAUCCAAAGUUAACAACAACGGUUCCUAACUUUAACCGAUUUAUCUUCGAAGAUGAACAAGAAGAUGACCUCUAUUCUAUAAAUUUCGAACCGCAAUUAAAGCUGUUAGAUAUGACUUGUCAAGAAUUAGCCACCCUAGAUAUUAACCGUAUUAUCAAUCAGCAAACACCAUUGCCUUUAUUACCUAUUAGGAAACAAAUAACAAGUCGUCUAUAUUAUAGAAAUAUCGAUCACGUACCUGCUGAUCAAAGACCCUUAUGUCAUACAGUCACAAAGUUAGAUCACAGUAUGCGUACUUUCGAACAUUUAGACGGCAUUAAUAAUAGGAAAUUGCUAAGGAAACACAAUAAAAAGCAACUUAUAAUGAAAUGGUUCCAUGAUGUCGUUUAUGCUCCAGCAGUGGUCGAUGAUGCUUCAAUAGAGAGAUGGCUGACUUAUAUCAUGACUAUGGAGGAAACUUCAUGGCUAGUAUAUGAUAUAGCAGCAAUGUAUUGGAUUGCAGAGGGCAAUCACACGAACGCUAUCGAGUGUUUUAGAUUAUCGUUACAUUUUGCAUCAAAUGAAUAUGCUACCGGCCCUCUGAUAGGCCUAGCCUAUACGUUACUAUUAAAUGGUUAUAUCGAAAAUGCAAUCACCGUUGCUAAAGCUGCUUUGUCAGCAGAAAUUCAUACUCAGAGUCUACAAUAUAUCGGACGUUCUGUUUUGGGAUUAUCUUUACUAGCAGCCCAUCAGUUGUCUCCAGCUAUAGAACAGUUUAAAGAAGCAAUUUCUAACGCUACAGUAAAAACUUAUCUUGAAGGUUUAAUCAAGUACAUAACUUGCAAGUUGGAAAUAUCUCCAAUAAUUAACAGUGACAAAGAUAUUGAGAAGUGUCGCGCGACGCAAGAGAAUGAUGCAAAGGAAAACAUUAUUUCUACAAUUCAAGAGACUGAUAGGCAGUUGAAAAUUCAAACUCAACUAUUACAAGAAUUAAAGCAAGGGGAAAAAAAAUUGCAAGAAUUGAUUAAAAAAAGUAAAGAGUGA